AUGUUAGACUUGAGAUACCUUUUGCUUUCCGAUAAUCAAAUAACAGGGGCCAUCCCAUCAAACAUAGGGGAAUCCCUACCCAGCUUGUAUUUCCUUUCUCUUUCGGGUAAUCGAAUAACAGGAACCAUCCCAAAUUCCAUAGGACACCUCUCUUUUCUUGAAGUCAUUGAUUUUUCAAGGAAUAAUUUGACUGGAAGCAUUCCUUCUACCAUAAAUAAUUGCUUUAGCCUUGUUGCUUUAGACCUUGGAAACAACAAUCUGUCUGGGAUAAUACCAAAGUCGUUGGGCCGGUUGCAAUCGCUCCAAUCACUGCACUUGAACCACAACGAGCUUUCAGGAGAGCUCCCCUCAUCUUUCCAAAAUUUAACAGGCUUGGAAGUUCUUGAUCUUAGUUACAACAAAUUGUUGGGUGAGGUUCCUGCAUGGAUUGGAGCUGCUUUCGUAAAUUUAGUAAUACUCAACUUGAGGUCGAAUGUGUUUUGUGGAAGACUUCCCUCCCAGCUUUCAAAUUUAAGCUCCCUGCAUGUCUUAGACAUUGCACAAAACAAUCUGAUGGGUGAAAUUCCAAUCACUUUGGUUGAGCUUAAAGCCAUGGCUCAAGAGCAAAUGAAUAUAUAUCGGUUAAGUCUGAAUGCCAACUCCUCGUAUACCAGCUCCUUGUAUGAAGAACAAUUGGUUGUGAUUGCCAAAGGCCAAAUUCUUGAAUAUACCAAGACUCUUUCUCUUGUUGUAGCCAUUGACCUAUCCGACAAUAAUUUAAGUGGAGAGUUUCCCCAAGAAAUAACAAAAUUGUUUGGUUUAGUGGUUUUGAACUUGUCGAGGAAUCACAUCACUGGCCAAAUUCCUGAAAACAUUUCAAUGUUGCGACAAUUGUCAUCUCUUGAUUUGUCAAGCAAUAAGCUUUCCGGCACCAUUCCUUCAAGCAUGGCCUCAUUGUCAUUCUUGAGUUAUUUGAAUCUAUCAAAUAACAAUUUCUAUGGUGAGAUCCCCUUUAUAGGGCAAAUGAUAACCUUCCCCGAGCUAGCCUUUGUGGGAAACCCUGAUCUAUGUGGACCUCCACUGGUCAUAAAAUGCCAGGAUGAAGAUCCAAAUAAAAGGCAAAGUGUUGUUAGUGACAAAAAUGAUGGUGGCUAUAUUGAUCAAUGGUUUUACUUGAGCGUUGGCUUGGGAUUUGCCAUAGGCAUCCUAGUUCCAUUUUUUGUUUUGUCAACAAGGAAAUCUUGGUGUGAGGCCUAUUUUGAUUUUGUGGAUGAGAUUGUCAGAUGGUUGUUGAGAGGAAGAGCAACCUAUGCCAAAAAUCAUCCUAGAAGGCGAUAA